UUCUAACUUCCGCUGUUUCUACCGUUAACCUACACUUAACGCAGGAGUCACGUCAUGAGCGAGGAACGUAACGAUGUUUCAAUUACCGCAAAAGAACAGAGAAACCCGAGAAGUCACGUGAGGCCGCGGAGACAGUGUAAAAGUGCAGGGCUAGCUUAGCGUUAGCAUGAGAACAGCUAGCAACCAGCGAGGCUUUCAAAAUAAAAGGUUCCUCUGCUACUGGGUCGUCGUGUUUCAGCUUCAGUCUGCGGUUAAAAUGAGAAACUGACCAACUGUUCCGCUUUACUGUGAAGGGACCGGAAGAGAAACACGGAACCACGUGGCAACCCGCGGGUUCACGGUUCUUUCCCAACAGCUUGUUUGACGGAAACGUGUCCGCAGGAAUAAAGUUCACGUUCAAACUGUUUUCAACGUCUGAAGUAGUUCAGGAGCUCACACAGCCUGAAAACCAAGAUGGCCGACUUGGCAGUGACCAAAAGUGAAGCCAAAACAAGUCUGGAUCGCCCCCUGGUGUCUGGCUGCGGUACAGGUAUCUGACGGUGAAGUGCAGGCUGUGAAGCCGCCGCCCAAACGCAGACGCAUCCUCGACCCCUCAGCCAUCGUCCCGGUGCCAGUGUACUCCAACAAGGUGAGCAGCAGUCUGCGGCUGAAGCCAAUGGAUCAUGUGUUCACUAAAAAGGAAACCACAGAGGACGCUGCAGACGACAGUUUGUGGUCAUCUCGGGAAACGAAGGCAGCUGCCAUAUCCCUCAGUGACUCGGAGGAGGAAGCAGAACAUGUGGAGAACAAAGCAGAACAUGAUGGACUAGAAACCUUUCGCUCUCCGUCUCCUCCGCCGCCCGAGAGUCCGAUCCAGAAGCAGUCCAGUCAGGUGAAGAAGAAGAUCAGUGAGAUCGACCGGAGGCUCAGGGUGAUGAGCUCCCUCAUGUCCCCCGAGCCACAGAAGAGGCCCAGGCGCCGCCGAGGCUCCCGGACGCCGGUGUCAGAGGAGGAGCAAGAUGACGUCAUCAUAACGAACCCUGACUCAGGCUCGUGGAGUUCAUCGUACAGCUCCUCACUCCACGAGAUCUCCCUGAAGAUCCGCUGCAGGACGGACAUCCACAAGAUCCCUGUGCUGUCGUCGACACCUUUAAGCAACGUGUUGGCCCAGCUGUCUGCCGUCCUUCACGUCCCGCCCCCCCGCCUCCUGUUGUUGAGGGAGGACAUCGAGCUGCCGCUGGAUUCCACCGUUGGUGAGAUCGGUCUCGGCAUCGCAGACAUUUUAGAGUGCGUCGUCAUGGCAGACGACGAGAGAAGCAAAGAAGUCGUCGGUGGCAGCGACGUCCUCACGGUCCGACUGCAGAGCAAAGACAGAGACGCCUCCCAGGAGUUCUCUCUGCACAGGGACGCACCGCUGGGCCCCGUCUUCUCCCAGUAUCUGUCCAGGAUGUCCCUCAGCGCUCGGAGUCAAGUCCGCUUCCACUUCGACGGGUCCAAGGUGACGCCCGGCCAGACGCCGGCCCAGCUGGACAUGGAGGACGGAGACAUCAUUGAAGUUUGGAUCUAAGCUGUAGAUUAAUUGUUCCUUCUAUUAAACGUAAACAAAUAUUAAACCUCUGAGGUUUUGCAGUAUUUCCUCUGGGAUUCUGGAGCCGUGCAAUGUUGGACAUUUCUUUCAUUUUUUAAUAUGUGUACCUCAUAAAUUCUAGUUUGAGUCAAAACAGAACCGUCAGAACCGGGUCAGUCGCUGGUGCAAAAUGAUCGUAGUGGGAACGCUGGUUUUUGUGUAGAUUUUAUGUACGUUUUGUUUAGUUACUUUUUAAAAGUGACUGAAUUGUAAAUGAUGAAAACACAGUUGUACAGGAAUUGAUAUCACUGUACAAAUGUAAAGUUAUUUGACUGUUCCUGAGACAGAUGUCUUCACUCUGGUUCAGCACAUUCACUUUUCAAUAAGUGGAUGGGUUCUACAUUAAAGUGCCAAUUCCAUAAGUUUACGUCAAUAAAGAAAAACUAAAGUUUCAUUUACAACAACAAGAACAUUAAAAAAGUUUAUAUUCAUAUUUCUUUAAGUUAGAGAGUUAAACUACUAACAAAAGUACUCAUGUAACUUAUUACUCCUCUAACUUGCAUGUCAUCUUUGAUAACUGCUCUGAAGUCAGUUUCAUGUGGGAUAUUCAGAGACAUUCUCCUUGGCUGACAAUAAAUGAAUCCUCAUCA